CAGUACAACGAGGAGGUUUGGAAGGCGAUCGAUUACAUCCUGGACCAGAUGAGCCAAAAUGGUAUCAGGGUCAUCGUGGCUCUCAUCGACUACUGGAAGAAGACCGACGGUUAUGCGGACUGGUGUGCGGGGGGUGACAAGGACUCCUUCUACACCAACUCCUACUGCCAGCAGAUCUACCAGAACCACAUCAAAACCUUCGUCAACAGCAGGAGAAACACAUACAACGGGCGGCUGUACAAGGAGGAUCCCACGAUCUUCGCGUGGGACAUCCUGAACGAGCCCCGGCAGACGGCAGGCGACUACUCGACUGUGCAGAAGUGGAUCGACAUGAUGGCUUCCUUCGUCAAGUCUGUCGACCCAAAUCACAUGGUGACAGUGGGCGAGGAGGGAUUCUUUGGUCCCAACGAUCCGCAUGUGAACUGCAACCCAUCCUACCCAGAUUCUUGGCCGAGCUACGAGGGGCAGGACUUCACCAACAACCACCGCUCCAAGGACAUCGACUUCACAGCGGUGCACGCGUGGCCUGACAACUGGAAAGUGUAUAGUCCGUCGUUCAUGACGCAGUGGGUCAAUUGCCACAUUGAAGCAUCCGCCAGCCUCGGCAAACCCAUGCUUCUCGAAGAGGUCUGCCCUUUUUCCUUCUGCUGUUUAAGCUCCUAG